AUGCCAGACCCAGCACCCCCGAAACGAGACCGCAACAUUGCAUCUCUGCGCCUCGCCCGCGCAACCUCGAUCGACACGACGGGCUUCCCCGCCCCUCGGCGACCAGCCUCUCCGACGACCUCACAAGCGGGCUCGAUUAACGAGCUCACGCGGGCAGUGAGCCACCAGCCCUCAGCUGGCCCCAGUACGCGGCGAGCGAGUACUUCGAAGCCAAACACUUCCAGACGGACGGAGCGCUGGGUCGAAGCGGCGUCCGAGUUUGAGCUCCCCGAUACCCCGCGCCGGCUAACGAGCGGCAUGCGCAAGUCGUUCGCAAUCGACGAGGGAGAUGACGAUGAGAGCAAGGAGGAGAUGGACGAGGAGGACGACGUGGACCGGUUAGGCGGGAGGACGGUCACGUUUGCCGACGAGGAUACUGUCGAACUCUUGCCGGAUGAUGGGAUGCGGCUGGAGGAGUUUGAACGGCCACGAGGGAGAGAGAUGUUCGCAAUCGUUACGAGCUGCACUGUGCUCGCAGUGCUUAGUCUGACAGCCGGCUUUGCUACAGUGUUCGACUGGGUUCUGUAG